GGUGUGGGGACACGAUGGAUGGGGACGAGGGACACGGGGGACGGGGACGCCGUGGAUGGGGGUUCCGGGAAUGGCGGCACCGGGACGUGGGCUGUGGGGACGCCGCGAGCGGGGCCUGCGGGGCCGGCGUCCCUGGGGGCGGCAGGCGGUGUCACAGCACACGGGGACACCGGGGGCGGUGAUGUCACACCGCUGCCUCCCCCGCCCCAGGCGCUGCCCCACAGCCGCGUCCCGGCCCUCGCCGCCGCCUGCCGCCUCCACACCACCCCGCCCCGCCUCAAGACGCGGGCGGCGCGGGUGCGCGUGGGGAAAGGGGACAAACCCGUCACCUACGAGAAGGCGCACCCCCCCCACUACAUCGCGCACCGCAAGGGCUGGCUGUCCCUGCACACCGCGAACCUGGACGGGGAGCUGGGAGCGGCGGAGCGGGCGGUGGAGGACGCGUUCCUGCGCAAGUUCUUCCACGGGACGUUCCCCGGCUGCUUGGCCAACGAGGUGGUGCUGAAGCGCCGCGCCAACGCGCUGCUCGUCAACCUGGUGCUGCUGCGCUGCCUGCCCCCCGCCAAGCUCUGCUUCCUGCUGGGCUACGCCGAGACGCUCCUGGCACACUUCUACAAGUGCCCCGUGCGCAUCGAGGUGCAGACCGUGCCCGACAAAGUGGUCUAUAAAUACGUGUAGGGCAAUAAAGGGGAGCGCUGCGCCGCU